AAUGUGCUUGACAUCCACGGGCAUAUCUACACCAACACUCAUGUUAUGUGGCAGUACAGGAUGCACAAGGGCUCAGUUAAAGUCAAUACAGGCUAAAUGACUCAAGAUUUAAUGUGCUUCACUACUAAAAACAGUAAAACCGAAGAGAAAUAAGGGCUGUGGUUGUCGCGUGGGGCAGAAUGAGCCUCUUCUUCCUGCAGUUCCUCCUCCUCUUCCUACACCAGUGCAGCCAGCAGGCCUUCAGCAGUUGUGUAAGUGGAACAAACAAGGACCACAAGCCAUUGGUGAGCUGCAUAAAUAUGGGUCUGAGCGACAUACCUUCUACAGUAGAAUGGACCACAGAAGUAUUAAUCUUCAAAACGAACAGUUUUGCGUCCUUGUCCUGGACGGCCUACACAAACUUCUCGAAGCUCUAUGAACUGGACCUCUCCCAGAACAAAGUGCCCGCAUUACUAAAGACAUCUGAGUUGGUCCUCCCUACACUGAAGAUCUUACGACUCUCCAGCAACAGGCUCCAGGAGCUACCAGCAGAUGCCUUCGCUGCCGCAGCCAAACUUGCUGAGAUCUACCUGAAUGGGAACCAGCUCCAAAACCUGAGCACUGCUGCCUUCAGGGGAUUGACACAUCUGGAGAUUUUGGAUCUCUCCCAAAACCGAAUCAGGGCUGUGCCUAAGGACCUGCUAUACGUAAUCCCAUCCACUGUCCUCAAGACCUUUGACAUAGAGAACAAUUCUCUUACUAGCUUGCCGAACAUGUUCUUCAGUUCAAAGCCUAAUAUUCCUUAUGUCUACCUAUCCCAGAACCCGUGGGUAUGUAACUGUGAAUUGGAAUAUCUGCAAAGUUGGCUGGAUGAUGAAAGCUUCAAUGUAUACAUCCACACAGGUCCAAAUUCCGUUUUGAAUGAUGCAGAAAGUGUAGUGUGUGACAGCCCAAGCCAUCUGAAAAAUAGAUCUAUAAUUAAUUUGGAAAGCGGAUAUUGUUCUGAACCUGAAAUUCAAGCUAAUAUUUCAGUUACUGCAAUAUAUGAAAUAGAAACGGAAGUCUCAGAAGAACAUACACUAGCCCAAACGAAAGCAAACAGAUUUCCUCCAACAACUGCUACAAAAACAACCAUGCAGCCUAGAUCAACCACACACUCAAGGCAAACGAAAGCAAACACAUUACCUCCAACAACUCAUAGAGAAACAACUGUACAGACUAUAUCAACCACAUACUCAAGACAAACGAAAACAAACACAUUUCCAACAGAAACAACUAGUACAGAAAUAACAGUAGAUCCUACAUUUUUGACCACUGCCAUGUUUCCAGCUGGGUUCAGUCCUUCAGUCAGGAUGUUUGGGGAACAGGAGCAGAGGAGCAAGCAGAAAGGACCAGUGGUGGUGUACUGCUGGUGGCUGUUUGUGGGAUACUUGUGCCUCUGUAUCCUGCUCGGCCUGUGGCUCUGUGCUGGUUGCUUCUGGAUCCUCCGAAUUUACAUUCGAGUUUACCUGCCGCUUUCCCGUUGGAAGAGGGCAAAAACAGAGCAUCUAAGGCACGAGCUAAAGAGCGCAGAAGGGUCUGGAAAGUACAGAAAGAUUAAGACGGCCGACAGAGCAGGGGACAUCUCGCUGCCAUUGGAAGGGGCAGGAGGAGUGCAGGCUGUUUUCCGCUCAAUGCUAUUCGUUUCUGUUAGUGAUGAGGGUGAAUGUGAGGGAGAAAAUGCAGCGCUGACAUCUGUGGAGAUGGGCCAGGAGGACGCGACAGCUGGACGAGAGGGAGAAACAGGACCCGUGUUUAUUAAAAGGCGGGAGAAUGAGGACGUUAUCAGGAAGUCAUUGUACAGGGUGGUGAAUCGCGACGGGGAACCAUCAGUAUGGAGGCACACGCAAAGCUACGAGCUUAGCGACAGAGACCCCGAGGUGAAGCGAGGGUCCAGAGAGCAGAUGACACGGUACAGCUUGAUCCUGAGAGAAGAGCAAGUGGAUGGGAAGGAGGACGAGGGCGAAGUGCGUAGCAAGGAGAGGAGCUCAAGGAGUGGAGUGACAGCGGGAAAUGAGUGGGUGGUGGGGGAGUGGGAAUGGAAGCCAGGAGAAAGGGGACCAGUGGGACAGUCCAUGAAUGUAGGGGAUCCAAUGGCACUGAUGCCACUGAUGGGUACAGGAGUGGACUUUUUACCAGGAAACAUGGACACAUCUGCUGUCGACAGCCACAAUACAUCAGAAACAUCUGUCUAAAGAAAGACUGGCUGCUCCCUGCUCAUCCACUUCCAAGAAAGGCCUAUAAAAGGAGCUCUUGCUCUAUCAUUGGAUUAUUAGCUAAUAAUUUUCUUUCGUUUUGAUAACUGCCGACCAUGAAGUAUUUUAUAUUUUACUACUUGUUUAUUUGACUGCUCUUUGCAUUAUAUACAUCAACCAGAUUAUUAAUUAAACAAUCAAAUAUCAUUCUGUUUCUUUUAGGUAACAGCAUUCUACAUACAGUACAUAAACAUGACUAAUUGUUAUUUGCUAUUUCUCUGAUCUAUUUCAUUAAGUCUAUUAAAAAUGCAAAUUUGCAAUAAUUGUCAGUCUUUCCAUAUAAAUAUUGCUCUCUAAUACAUAUUAUGCUUAAGACUUCAUUAAUAUAUUAUGACUAACUGUUUUAUCAUGCAAUCAUUCAAUAAAAUAUUAUUAAAAACUUAA